CCUCCACAAACCCUUCCCACGAGGUGACUCACGACCCCCUCAGCCCUGCCCGCAGCCCCUGCCCGGUGCAGACCGGCCGGGGGGAGGUGGCCCUCCCGCCAUGGUCCCUCUCGGGGGCGGCGGGGCGGGGGCUGAGGGCGGGCGGUUUUGGGCGCGGAACGCUGGCGGUGCGGGGGCGUGUUCCCAGUCGGGGCCGAGCGGCCGAGCAGCGUCGGGCGCCUUGGAAACGGACGGAAGCUGGGAAGGAGCAGCAGUGGCGGCGGGAGGAUGCUGAGCCCCGAGCGGCUGCCGGGCCCCGAGUACCUGGCUCAAAGACAUGUCCUCACGUACAUGGAGGAUGCAGUGAGCCAGCUGCUGGAGAACAGAGAAGAUAUUAGUCAGUAUGGCAUUGCCAGGUUCUUCACUGAAUAUUUUAACAGCGUGCGUCAAGGAACACACAUCUUGUUCCGUGAGUUCAGCUUUGUUCAAGCUACCCCUCAUAACAGAGCAUCUUUUCUUCGGACCUUUUGGAGGUGUUUCCGAACAGUGGGGAAAAAUGGAGAUUUGUUGACAGCACAGGAAUACCACUGCCUGCUGCAGCUGCUCUGCCCUGACUUCCCAGUGGAACUCACUCAGAAAGCAGCAAGGAUUGUGCUGAUGGAUGAUGCUAUGGAUUGCCUGAUGUCUUUUUCUGAUUUCCUCUUUGCUUUCCAGAUCCAGUUCUACUACUCAGAGUUCCUGGAAAGUGUGGCUGCCAUUUAUCAAGAUCUACUGGCUGGUAAGAAUCCAAAUACUGUGAUUGUGCCAACAUCAUCCUCUGGGCAACAUCGGCAGCGCCAGCCCCCAAAUGACUUCAGCCCACUUGAUGGGGUAGAAGCAUCUGUCUUCUACCAGUGCCUAGAGUCCUUGUGUGACAAGUCAAAAUACAGCUGUCCACCUUCUGCUCUUGUGAAGGAAAUGUUGAGUAGUGCACAGAGACUGACCUUCUAUGGAUUCCUUAUGGCACUUGCAAAGGAUCAGGGCAUCAAUCGAGCCCUAGGGGCUUUGCCAGAUAAAGGAGACUUGUUUCUGGACCCUGCCAUGGAUCAGGAACUUGAGAAAUUGGUAGCUCAGGUUUCAGCGCUUUCUGUCUCUGGUCCCACCAGCUCCAGCGGGGACACAGCUAAUUUGCCUGUCCGUAACUCGCCCAGGAUUAACCCUCCCUGGAAACCUCUACACCAUCGGCGAAAAAUGGAUACUGAGAGUGAAGGCUCCAAUGAAGAGACAGACUCGUCUGAAAACUGAAGGUUGUGAGGGCGGGCACCAUUCCCAUCUUGGGUUUCUCCAGAGCCCACUGGAGGAACAGCACCUCCUCCCAGAGCAUCUGCUCUGGGCGUGGGUUCUGUCCACAUCACCAGUGUGUGUGUGUGUGGCUGCGCCAGUCCCCGUUGCCAAGCCCACCCGUCUCUUCCCAGGAAGAACUUUGCCUUUUUCCUAGCUCCAAAUUCGUGCAGGAAUAGCUCCUCUGCAGAGGCUGUUUCCAGCUGCAGAGCUAUGCUUCCCUCUGCUGGCAGGCAACACCAACCAGCAGAUGCUCGCACUGCCUCCCCUUGGAAAUGGCCGGGUAUUCUCUCACCAGGGCUCUCCCUCACGGUUCAGCGGGUGCUGGAGCACUGCAGGUGCCUCGCCAGGGUUUUGAUGUGUAUCUGUGUUCAGGCUUGGCCUAGACAACAGAGUGGUUAAAUCACCGGUGGCAGCUCUGCACUUGUGCUCUGUUAUAAUUAUUCCCAGUAAAGCUGCACCUGCGGAGGUAGAGAAAUUCCUGAAGUUCCUAGAGAAAAAGGGCUUGAGGAUUGCCAUGCCACCCGUCUCUGCUUCCUCCUCCAUGUGUUCAAGACAUGCCAAAGCAAAUAUAUCAAAUAAGCUAAACUGCAGGAAGUACUGCAGGGUGCUGUCUGGCUCCUAUGCUGCACUGAAUUCCCUUCUGUGAGGCCUUCCACUGCCUCCAACAGCAUAUUAAGGUCAUUCAGAAAAGCAAGCUCCAGAGGGGUUGGAGAGAGAGGAAAAAAAAAAGUCUUUAAAUUUCUUGGCCGCAGGUGGUGUGGCUUGCAAAUAUAGAGAGCAUCUGCUAGGGGUGGGUGGGCACAAGCGCUAGUGGAGAAGGAAGCGGUUAUCAGAGGAGUCCUGGGUGUUUUUUUGUAAGUAUUGGCGUUAGUCACAGCAUCAUAGUGUAGCCCUUACAACUACAAAAAGUAGCGUCUCUGUGUUAGUGGUAACUAGCUCAGCUGUUUGGCCUCCAUAGCCCUGAAUGCUUUGUCUAGCCCAGUGCCUGUGCCUCAGCUUGCAUUGACUAGUUAGUUAUUUCCUGGGGAACUUUAGUUUCUCUUGCUUUUUUGGGAGCCUCCUUGCUCCUCCUGUUCAUAAAACGCUGCAGCGUGGGCUGCCAAGAGCUGAUAACCCAAAGCUUAGAGCAGCCCUGAGCUGAGUGGACUCAAUACCUGCUGGAGCUAUUUUAAGACUAAUCCUGUAACUACUGCUGAGUCUGCACCACAGCCCCACCUGUGGAGGUUAGUGGGAGGGGUUACUUAUUUAUUGUAAGUUAUUUUAUUUAUUAACGUGCUCGCUAACUGUGCUUUCUCUCCCAACCAUCAGUGAUUGCCUGUGACAACCCGGCAAUAAAGCGCACUGUGUAAGGCCA